CGGGCGGGCGGAGAUAAGCCGACCGGCUUCUGCACGGAUGAUCUUGGGAGUCCUAGUCCACCAUGCGUGUCCUGGCUUCCACGUUCCUACUGCUGGCCUUCGUCGCCGCCGCGGCCCGGGCCGAGCCCGUGCAGUUCAAGGACUGCGGUUCUGCAGUUGGAGUUGUGAAGGAGGUGAACGUGAGCCCCUGCCCCUCACAGCCCUGUGAACUGCACAAAGGACAGUCCUACAGUGUCAAUGUCACCUUCACCAGCAAUACCGAAUCUCACAGCAGCACAGCAGAGGUAUAUGGCAUCCUGAUGGGUGCUGAAAUCCCCUUUCACAUCCCUGAGUCUGAUGGUUGUAAGAGUGGCAUCAGCUGCCCCAUCCAGAAAGACAGGAUCUACAGCUACCUGAACAAGCUGCCGGUCAAGAGCAUAUACCCUUCUAUAAAGCUGUUGGUGGAGUGGAAACUUCUAGAUGACCAGCGGAAAAUUAUCUUCUGCUGGAGAAUCCCGCUACAGAUCAAAGGCUAGAGCUGUCUGGUGCCCUAUGUCUGUGUGGUGGUAGAGGCAAUGGAUGGAUGGAGGGAAAAUCAGACCUGAAAUCGAAUCAGUGCCCCAAGAAGGAAAAAAAUUUCAAAACUGCUGUUUUAUGCCACUCAACCUCCACGCGUAUGUAAGGUCCCAUUUCUUGAGAGCUCAGAACUGUUGCCUUUGUAAGAAAGCUGAAGGAGAGAAGGGAGAGUGAGACCCGGAAGUAGCUUAACUGUGUCCAUUGUGGUGAGGAAGAGAGAGCAGAUAAAGACCUAAGGCUAUUGGGUCUCAGUGUGGAGGAUGGCUUCCAAGCCACUGUUGUCUAGCCGGGGAGAUCACUUCUACCGUUUCCUCAUCUAAGUGCCUCACCGAGUCCAGUGCGCCUCUGACUCUUGAUAGCCCAUCGCUUCAACAGUAGUGACCUGCUGUCCACUGUGUCCAGACUGUCCAGUGAAGAAAGUAAGCAGAAAGUCAGCUCUGGAUGUCCCUUACUGUUAGUGAUUUUCCUUAAAGGUGACAGUUGCUUAGUAGAUAUUUGAUUUUUUUUAACAAUAUUAAUUUGUAUCUUCUUGCACUUGGAAAUGAACAUUGGAAUAAAUAAAAGCUUGUCAUUCUUGCCUUCUGCA